UCAAACAUCACCUUCGAUGGCAACCUGUCCAAUGCCCAGCCUUCUGUCCACACCCUGUGGGAGGUCAUAACCAUAGCUACAGUGUCAGCCAUCGUCAGCUUGAUAACGAUUACUGGCAAUGUGCUCGUCAUGCUGUCCUUCAAGGUCAACAGCCAACUGAAGACUGUCAACAACUACUACCUUCUAAGUUUGGCCUUUGCGGACCUCAUCAUAGGGAUGCUGUCUAUGAACCUGUACACCAUGUAUAUAUUAAUGGGAUACUGGUCCUUGGGAAACCUUGCAUGUGAUCUCUGGCUGGCACUGGAUUAUGUUGCAAGUAACGCUUCCGUUAUGAACUUGCUUGUCAUCAGCUUUGAUAGGUAUUUCUCAAUCACAAGGCCGUUAACCUACAGGGCUAAGAGGACUCCAAAGCGAGCAGCCAUCAUGAUCGGCAUGGCGUGGUUAGUGUCUUUCGUCCUAUGGGCACCACCCAUCCUUUGCUGGCAGUACAUUGUGGGCAAAAGAACAGUGCCUCCAAACCAGUGCCAGAUCCAGUUUUUCUCUGAGCCUGUGAUCACGUUUGGCACCGCCAUUGCUGCUUUCUACAUCCCCGUCUCCAUUAUGACCAUCCUUUAUUGUAGGAUCUACAAGGAGACAGAGAGACGGACAAAGGACUUGAUGGAGCUUCAGGGUCUGGCAUCCUCUGAGAGUUCAGAGGGGGCUAAACUACAGAAAACUAUCAUUCAGUCUUGCUUUCGCUUUACAAAUGAUAGGAGAGACAGGAGCCAAGCCUCGUGGUCAUCCUCUAACCAGAGUAACGUCACCAGGACCACAACGAGGUCAGAGGAGGCAUGGGCUAAAGCAGACCAGGCCACCUCCUUCAACAGCUAUUCCUCAUCGGAGGAGGAAGAGCAUCAUAUUUCAAUGGAAACCCCGCAGGGGUCAUUCAAAGAUCAGGAUUCUGAGAAGAGUAGUAAGAAUGGCCAGGUGACCGAUUACGAGGAAAAUAGGUGCUUCUCUAGCCCCCCAAAGAAGAGCAAUAGCAAGAAAGGCAUCUCUUAUAAGUUUAAACCUAUCUUAAAGGACAAAAAUGACAAAAGUAUCACUGAGUCUCCAUGCCCCCCCAUAAAAGAGCAGACUACCAAGAACUCCUCCCCCUCCUCAUCCAGCACCUCCAAACCCAUGGACCCUGUCCUGAAGAACCAGAUUACCAAGCGGAAGAGGAAUGUGUUGAUAAAGGAGAAAAAGGCAGCUCAGACCCUAAGCGCUAUCCUCCUAGCCUUCAUCCUAACAUGGACACCUUACAAUAUCAUGGUUCUCAUCUCCACCUUCUGUUCAGACUGCAUCCCCCUAUCCCUCUGGCACCUAGGCUACUGGCUGUGUUAUGUCAACAGCACCAUUAACCCCAUGUGCUACGCUCUGUGCAACAAGACCUUCCAGAAGACCUUCCGGCUCCUGCUGCUCUGUCAGUGGAGGAGAAAGAGAGGGGAAGACAAGCUGCACUGGGGUGGACAAAAUGUCAACAACAAAAUGACUUGA